GGAGAUUUUCAGACACCGCAAACGAGUUGUGUGAUUGCCGACUUACACCAUCGAUUUUUGCAGUUUUACCGUCAUAGUGCCCUUGCCCUCACGUCAGAGGGGCAACGAUAUGAAAGAACGAAUGUGUUAAAACUGACGAGUAAAAAAAUGUAUAUGCAUGCGAGUUACUUUCCGUACAAAAACGCAGUAAAAUAAAAAUUUUACGUAAGUGAUUUGGAAAUAACUUUGAAAAGGGGAGAAGGGGGGCGUACAUUGCAUUUUUGCAAAAAAAAAAAAAAAAAAAAAAAAAAAAAAAAAAAAAAAAUAAUCGGACACCUCCACCCAGAAAAGGAAAUAUUUUGAUUAGACAUUGCACUUGAUCCUGAGUGAAAAGAAAUCGCAUAUUGAGUACUGUAUAAGCGUAUACUUGCAUUCAUGUUUUAGUUUAACUUUGCACGGAAUCUCAAGGUUGUAGGCACAUCCUUAUUGCAUACAUAUAACUUCAUCCAAAUAAUUGUGAGGUGAAAUAAUUAGUGAAAUGCCACGCUCUGUGCGUGAGUUAUAGAACGCUGCAGGGAAAGUAUUGCACUUGAUUCAAUUUAUAAUUUAUUCAAAAAAUAUUCAAUAUUCAGUAAAUUGCAUUAAUUGAAUUGUGUUGGUCAAUAGUUACAUCGUGUUGUGCUGAAGUGUGUCAUCGGGACGAUGACGCAGCCGGUGGUUAUCUGUAUUUUCGUAAACUUUUUUCCGUGACGUUUUAAUAUUUUAACAAAAUCCGAAAUAUUUCAAAUAGUGACAACUUUUGUGCUUCAUUGCGUAUACGAUCAGUUCUCCCCGUUCACUUAUACUCAUGGCGGCAGCUUUAGUAUGUGGCCCUCGAAACCUACGCUCAAGGAAUCAAGGGCAGAAUAUAAUUAAAUGGAUUGGAUGAAUACUUGCGUUGCCACAGAAUGGAUCAUCACGAGUUGAACUGUUCGUGGAUUCUGGGUGUCAACUGUACCAACCUUUUGAAAAAUAUCACCGACCAACACUCGGAGUAUAUCACUCUGUACGAGGUCCCGGUGGGGAUAGUGAUCCUGCUAUCCGUGUUCUAUGGGACGAUCUCCUUCGUGGCGGUGGUCGGCAACUCGCUGGUGAUCUGGAUCGUGGCCACCAGCCGCCGAAUGCAGAAUGUCACCAACUGCUUCAUCGCCAAUCUUGCCCUCGCCGACAUCGUCAUCGGACUAUUCGCCAUACCAUUCCAGUUUCAGGCAGCGUUACUCCAAAGGUGGAAUUUGCCGCAUUUCAUGUGUCCGUUCUGCCCGUUCGUGCAAAUUCUCACCGUUAAUGUCAGCAUUUUUACGCUCACUGCUAUAGCUGUAGACAGACAUCGAGCCAUCUUAAAUCCUCUCAGUGCGAGGCCUUCAAAAUUACGUGCCAAAAUUAGUAUAGCAACCAUAUGGGUCGUUGCCGCCAUCUUAGCCACCCCUAUGGCCAUGGCACUUCGAGUCACUGAUGUGGAGGAAGAAGGGCCAGGAGGCACGACGAUCACAAAACCGUUCUGCAUGAACGUCAGUUUUUCAGAGAAUGCCUUAUUAACCUAUAGGAUAGUUUUAGUAUUAGUACAAUAUGUGACGCCGCUGUGUAUCAUAUCAUGUGUGUACGCGCGGAUGGCACUCAGGCUGUGGGGCUCUCGGGCGCCUGGAAAUGCUCAGGAUAGCAGAGACGCUAAUCUCAUGAAAAACAAGAAGAAGGUGAUAAAAAUGCUAGUCAUAGUGGUAGCUCUCUUUGCACUGUGUUGGCUGCCUUUACAAACGUAUAACGUCCUCCAAGAUUUAGUUCCAGGCAUCAAUGCAUACCAUUACAUCAAUAUUAUUUGGUUCUGCUGUGAUUGGCUCGCCAUGAGUAACAGCUGCUAUAAUCCCUUCAUCUAUGGAAUUUAUAAUGAAAAAUUCAAGCGGGAGUUCCAGCAGCGGUUCCCGUUCCGGAAGCGGAAGUGGACGCAAUCGGGGUUGAUGAGCGGGGAUUCGGUGGACCUGGACCGGACGUUCACGCACAACAUGCGCUCCUCGAUGCACUCGACGACGAUGACGACGGUGAACAACUCGAGCUACGACUGGCGGCGCGGCUACUCCACGCGGCAGCCGCCCGGCUCCCUCCACGCCGCCAACUACGCCAACGGCAAGAGCCUCUACCGCCAGGUCUCCGUCCGCGAGCCCCCCCGCAGCAAGCUCAGCGAGAAGGACCUCUACGUCUACCGAACCAACAACUCCAGCAUCGUCCGACACUCCAGUAAGUCCGAGGCCGAGGAGCUCUGUCUAUAGAGAGCCAAAUGUCAAAUUGGACGUAUUUAUAUCAAACGGAACUAUGUGCAUUGAAACAUGAGCCU